AUGGAAGACGACGACACGGCGAAGCGCGUGGACGCGGCGAGCGAGGUGCUGGAUAAGAUCAUACGAGAGACGGUGGAGGGAAUCUUUUUGGAGGAGGCGGCGACGGAGGUGCUGAACGAGGCGAGCGCGGCGAACGAGCGAGAGGCGGUGGAGAGCGCGGUGGAUAAGCGCGCGGUGCUGCGCGCGGUGGUGCGAUCGCACUUUGAAGAGUUGGAUGGAUCGUUUUUGGCCGCGCUGGGGGCGUACGUGCGGGCGAGUGAGGCGAGCGGGGAUUUGCAAUUGGUGUCGCUGUUGAACGCAAUCAAGGAGGAGACGCUGGCGACGGUGACGGAUUCGUUGACGGAUGAGAUGCAGGUCGUGCAGCUCGUGGCGAGGCUGAAGAGUAAUGAAGAGCGGUUUGAAGUCAUACGCGUCGCGCACGCGGGUGGCGGUCGGGCGUUGGGGGAUGUAGACGUUCCGGGGGUGAGCGUGGAAAAAAUUGAACGCGCCGCCGCGCAACUCAUCGACGAGCUCGAACUUCAGGAACAGAUUCCUAAUUGGGACCUCCUGUACCAAGUUAUCGUCGUGCGAGAGACCGCUCGACAGUUGUCGAAAGCUGCGGACGCCAGUGGGGUGUACAGCGACGUCGUCGUCUCCGGUUCGUUCGCGCCUUCAGAGCUUCCAAAGGCGGAAUCCGCGCUCAUCAAGGAACUCGUCGUGGUUAACACGGUGGCCCAACGGCGCGCGUUGCUGGCGCAGAUGUUCGACGAAACGCGAGAUAAGCUUGAUCAAGACUUCGAUAGAUCGAGCGGUAAAGUCAAACUGAAGAAGACGACGCGCGGGUUCCAACCUCGCAUCGAACGAGCCGCUGCGACGGCGGCUGGGUUGGACUCGAGAGAUUUGCGCCCAGGCCGAUUCAUAGAUAGCGUGAUUAAUUUGCGAGUGAGUCUCCUUCGCGAAGGUGAAGAGUCCACGCCGGUGGUGACUCGUUUAGGGGAGAUCUACUAUGAAAUGUGCGAUGUCGUGAUGGAGAACGCGAACGUUGGCUGA